AUGGAUAAGACAGUCGCGAAACUAUUGGAUUAUAGACCAAAGAGCUUGACAGCUGAAAUUGGUAAGAUUUGCCGAAUGAAUGCAAUUCAUGAUACGCCCACUAGCACACUUGUAAUAAUCCCGAUUGAGGUUGAAAACAUUGUUGGCUUACCGUGCUACAAGAAAUACGUUUACACGAUUCCGGAGGGGCAUAAUGAAUAUUGCCUGGAGACAAUCAUGUUCAAUGGUGUGAAGCAGGAGGGGUUACCGGAAAGCAUCACAAACUUUGUUGAGAUAUCGGUAUACUAUUGGAAGCACGAUUACAAGAACUACCGUCCCUUGCUAUUUGAAAUUGUAAGGGAAGAAAGUCAGUACUUUGCAAACUACGAAAUUGGCAGUAACACAUGGGAGCCAUUCUCGAUAAAUGGAAGAGUUAAACUUUACGGAAUACUGGCCUACCUGAAUGCCUUCUUCAGAGACAUUAUAGUCCUUAAAAUGGACGCACUCGCCGGGAAAUAUUUUGGAACUAAUUUCCAAUUUGGAGGUGGAGACAGGUUAAUGUUUGUUGACGAGUUUAACUGCAGUUAUAAAAGGUUUAGAAGGAUGAAACAUACGCUUUAUACGGGAAGUACGUUUAGGAUACUGCACCUCAGAAUGAAGGGAAUCUACAUACCGUUCAAGGAGUCUGUUCUUACCACUGAGUGCAUCGAAGCAUCCGUCUAUUACAUGUGCUACGACAAGGCAUAUAAAGAGCCGCUAUUUCUGGAACUUUUAUCUCAUAACGGACCCAGGUAUUACAGGUAUGAUGGAUUCUGCAUGGACAGGUUCGAGAUCAAGAGUCUGAAGGAAUAUAAACAGGAACAUAGCAUAACGAAAUAA